CACGUGGACGGGGAUGGUGGGGGAGCUGUGGCGGGGUGAGGCGGACUUCUCCCUCCGUCUAUUCUGGUCGGCGGCGAGAAAGGAGGCCAUAGACUUCACCCGCGCCUACAUCUUCGAGCCCUUUGUCAUGAUCACCCGCAAGCCUGGGCCCCUCCCCCAGCACCUGGCCCCCAUCAAGCCCUUCACAGGCGAUAUCUGGAUAGCCCUGGUUGUGACCACGACGCUAGCUGGUGCCAUACUGUGGGGGGCGCAGAGGGCGUGGUCACGGUUCUCUGGGGGACGCGGCUUGGAUGCAGUCUCUGCCUUCCUAUACACCUUGGGCAUGCUAUUGGCGGAGCCCACCGACGCCCUGCCCACUAACAUCACUGCCCAGAUGCUGGUGGGGUCGUGGUGGGUGUUCUGCGUGGUGGUGGUGGCCAUGUACCGCGGGUCCCUCAUCGCCCACCUCACCGCGCCCGUCAACCCGUCGCCCAUCGACACCCUGGACCAGCUGCUGGAGGUUGAGGGCGCCACCUGGGGCCUGGAGGGUGGGCACGGGGUCGGCUGGGACUGGUUCAAGUACAACACCAACCCGAAGGUGCAGCACAUGUUCACCACCAUGCAGGUGACGCCGCGGGAGGAGCAGCUGGCGCGGGUGUUGGGUGGUCAGCACGCCUUCUUCACUUGGAAGUACUACAUCAAGAUGGUGGUCGCCCUCCACCACACUGACAUCUACGGCCACACACCCCUCCACAUCAGCAAGCAGGAGUUUAUCUCAGGCCAGAGUGGCUGGGGCGUCAGCACAAAUGUGAAAGUGAUAACUAACUCAACAGAUACGAGGAAGGUUGUCCACGAGCCCAAGCUUGCUAAAGAUUGGAGCAUAGUAUCUGCAGUCCUAACAGGUACUCAACAUUUUCAGAAUGAGGAAAUAACCAGAGCUACUGUCCGGUUGCCAGAUGUCAACACUGGUACUGACGUAGUCUGUCUUAGCGAAAGCGCCAAGAUUAAAGGUCUGUCAUUUGAGUCUACCUUGAGCAACAUUAGACCAGGUGGUUUAACAGAUAUCCUUGUUCUUAAUAGAACUGACUGCCCCAAAAUCUUGAAAAAUGGAUGUUAUCUUUGUAAUUUCCUGGUGUACCAUACUAAUGUUGUGGCACAGCCUACUCAGUUGCCAAUUGCUAGCGUUGCACCAACGCAAGAACAAACCAGGCAGAAGAAGUUAGAACAAAUAGCUCCACAGGUCAAGGUGAUUGACCAUCUCCAAGGCAAAGUGAACGCCUAG